AACUGAACACUCGCUUCCCACAGCCCGCGGACUCUUAUAACUACACUGCCUUCCAGCGACACUUUCAUCCUGACCUCUUACACGAACCUCCGCUCGUCCCUGUCACACUCCAGGCUGACGUACACGAUCGGAAGCGGCGCCUCCCGCGUAACUCGCGCUCGCACAGACAGACGCGUCGUCGGGGGGCUGUGUGGGCGGCGCGCGCUUCCACCCCCAGCACUCCCCAUUUAACGGCACGCAGCGCGAAGUCCCACGACGGCUGCGCGCGCUCCCGGGCGACAGCGGGGCGAAUGAACGGGGAGCGCGGAAAAACGUCCGGCACGCGCCGCGAGUAGCAUCUCUCGCGCGUCUGUGGUGGAGCGCGAGCGCCCGUUCCAAGACAAGAAGUACCGCUCACUCUUCUUCUUCUGCUUUUUUUCCCCCCACUCGUAGUACAUCGGUACUCGACAGCAGAAGUAUGGAAUUCCGCAAAACCAACUUUCUGAUGAUGCUUUGCCAGAUAUGCUUCAUCUGCCAAAUAGCUAACCUGGCACAUGGAUACUACAGAACCCAGCGGAAGUUUAAAGAGGAUAUUGACUGGUCAUAUGCAGGAACACUAAAUCAAAACAACUGGGCCAAGAAAUACCCAUCAUGCAAUAAUGCCAAGCAGUCUCCCAUCAACAUAGAUGAUGACCUUUCCCAAGUUAAAAUGCAGUUCCAGAAGCUGAAGCUUGAGGGCUUUGAGCAAGAAACCUCAAACACCACUACCAUUCACAAUGAUGGGAAAACUGUUGCAAUUAACCUGAAUGACGAGUACUACAUCAGUGGUGGGGGGCUGAGGUCCAGGUUUAAAGUGGGCAGGAUCACCUUCCACUGGGGUCAGUGCAACGCCUCUUCAGAUGGGUCAGAACACAGUCUUGAUGGCAUCAAGUUUCCUUUGGAGAUGCAGAUCUAUGGUUAUGAAGCUCAUAAAUUCCAGUCCUUAGACAGUGCCCUGAAAGAUGGAGGGAGGCUUACUGCUCUGUCAGUGCUCUUUGAGGUUAGUGCAGAAGACAAUGAAAACUACGUUGCCAUUAUUGAUGGGGUAAAAACCGUAACCAGACUUGGUAAAACUGCUGUCUUAGAGCCCUUCUCCUUGCUGGGCCUGUUGCCAAACUCUACAGAAAAAUACUAUAUUUACAAUGGUUCCCUAACCACACCACCCUGCUCUGAGACAGUCGAGUGGAUUGUGUUCAGGAACACAGUGGACAUUUCUGAUGUGCAGCUGGAGACCUUCUGCGAGGUGAUGACUAUGCAGCAGGCUGGGUACGUGAUGCUCAUGGACUACCUGCAGAACAACUUCCGCGAGCAGCAGCUCAAGUUCGUGGGCCAAGUGUUCUCCUCCUACACCGGGACUGAGGAUGUCCCUACCCCCAUUUGCAGCUCAGAGCCAGAGAAUGUUGAGGCGGAUCCCUACAACUACACCAGCUUAUUGGUGACAUGGGAGCGACCACGGGCUGUUUAUGAUGUUGGAAUCGAGAGAUACUUGGUGUCCUACCAGCCAGUGGGGGACGAGGACCUGCCUAAGAAUGAGUACUUGACAGAUGGAGACCAGGAUGUGGGUGCGAUAAUUCAGGACCUGUCUGCCAACACCAGCUAUGUGGUCCAGGUUGUAGCGGUAUGCAUCAACGGUCUGCAAGGCCGUGCAAGUGACCUACUGGUGGUGGGAAUGCCACUGGAUGACCCCGAGACCAAUCCUGACCCUGAGACUUCCGAAUAUUCUGAAAGAGAGGAUGACUUUAAGGUGGGAUAUGAGCUGAAUGCAACACAGAGCAAUUCAGAUCAGAAGCAGAGACCUCAUCAGACCUCCACGAGCUCAGUGGGUAUUGUCACAACAACAGAGCAGCCAGGCUUCCUUUUCCCUGGAAUCAGAACCACUAAGUUGCCAGUUCAGGCUAGGAGUACGGAAGAGAUCUCCCAACCUUGGUUUACUGAACAGAACAGCAGCAGAGGCUACUCUGGACAGCCUGUCACCAGCAACAGCCAUCCGAUGGUGGGCAACCAGCUUUUUGGCAACAAGACGCAGGAAAACAUUAGCAACAUUUUCUAUGAAGACGUCCUCAACAGCACAGGCUUUGAGCAUACCACCCCUACAGUAAUUUCAGUGCCUUAUGAAGAGAUCUUCAGUGAUUCUGCCUCACCCAAGGGCUCUCUGGCCACCUCAGUGGACAGUGGGGUGUUCCACCCCACUACUGACUCAGAAUUACCCAAGACUCACCGUACUACAGACUCGGAAUUGGCUGAGAUCUUCCCCUUCCAAGAGACCCAGGUCACUGUAACCUCUGCCCCCUUUCCAUUGGGAAUACCACUUCAGCCCACAAGUCCCAGUGCCCAGUACCCUUCUGCCUCUGCACCUGGAGACAUUGUCUCCCAGACCACCCAGUCAGGGUUCAACGGUGAGACCGCCCACCCCAUCCCCACUGUGUGUGACACUCUGAGCUCCCGCUCUCACACUGACUCUGUUGUGUGCCUGCAUGCUUCCCCGCUGUCGCUCUCCUCUUCUAGCAGCAUGUAUCACAAGACCCUCUCAAGUCUGCCUCCUGGUGGCCGGGGCAUGUCCGAGGGCUGGCCCAAUUUCAGUGGGGGUGUUACGCAUGCUGCUGCAGUGCUAUUGUCUGCUGGUGGUCCAUCUCUCACCCCCUGUUCCUCCUCCACCCUGUCUCUCCAACACUCUUCCCACUCUGUAUUUGGCUGGGAGUCGGGUGCUUUCUACAGUGCUGAUGGUACAGCUGCCUCUGCUGCUGAUGAUGAUGAUAAUGAUGAGGAUGAUGAUGGUGAUGUGAUGUCUGGUUCGGCAUCUGUGGCCACGGGUGAUCCCCAGCUCAUAUCUAGAGAUACUCUACCCCUUCAAACUUUACCUGAUUCAUCUGCCACUGAGCAGUUUUCUGAUUCCGACUGGGACCUCUUUCAGUUCUCUAAGCCUAUCAGAACUGUCUCUGCAGCAAAAACUUUAACACCUUCCACUGUGGAUGACUUCCUCCAGCCUUCCAUUCCUUUAUCUGGUGACUUCAUGCUGGUGUUAGCAACCGACGACCUUGGCGACGCACUCAAGAGACGGCAUAGCAGUGUUCGACCAGUAGAUGGAGCUAGUUACAUGUGGGGGCAAGUAAAACCCUCGGUUUUAGAUGGCGGUGUUUUGGGAUCUUUGGUGGCAAGCCGAGAAGUGGGUUUGCCUUCGAUUUCCCCUGCCAUCGCCAAGCAUACAUCUACACCCUACACCUAUGCUGCCAAUGAACUGUCCUGGCAUACAAUUGGGUGGAAUUUUCUACACACCUCUGUCCACCUCCUGCUGCCGCCUGCAGUGCCUGAUCCAACCAGUGACUUUAGCAGCUUGCUCAUUCUGACCGGCCAGUCUGACUCCUCCUCUGGUAGUGUAGCGGACCUCCAGUCCUCACUUUCUCCCACUGCGGGCACACAUGGUGAUGUGUAUGCGGACAACAGUGUCGCCACCCUGGCCAUCACCCAGAGCCACACACCUGUCCCCAGUUGGACAACUCCUUUGAAUUCCCCUGCCUUGUCCCCUACUGCCUCUUACGAAGCAGGCUCCACACCAACGCUCGCCCAGGAGGGACAGGUAGAAAGUAGUGCCUCAGGGUCUGCGCUGUACUCGGGAUCCCAGGAGGACAUAGAUCAGGAGUGGGAACGAGGCCGCACCCUUGUGACAAGCACGGGUACCACCUCCCCUACUGUACCUGCCCCGUUGGAAACGGAGGAUGAUGGUGAUGAACAAGGAGAUCGCUCCUCGUCGUUCUACUUCGAGAAUGAGGUAGAGACGGAGAGUGGCACCGUGGAAACAAAAGGCCCGAGCCCCGGUGAGAGGACGCUGACUGAUGGGGACGAGGAUGGCGGCUCAGGGAGCCCCUACGACAACGAGACGUCCUCCGACUUUGGCGUGCCUGACUACUCAGGCAGGCAGUCUGAGGAUGCGCCUCUAGCAGAGGCCAUCAAUAGCAGCCAUGAAUCUCGAAUCGGCCUGGCAGAGAUGGAUGACCGGGAGAAACGCACCGUGUUGCCCCUAGUUGUGGUGUCUACGCUCACGUUCCUUUGUCUUUUUGUGCUGGUUGGCAUCCUCAUCUAUUGGAGGAAGUGCUUUCAGACGGCUCACUUCUACAUAGAGGACAGCACGUCGCCCAGGGUCAUCGGUGCCCCUCCAUCUCUGGCGCUCUCGGCUGCAGAAAACCAUGAGGCUUUGCCAAUAAAGCAGUUUGUCAAACAUGUAGCAGAACUUCAUGACAGCAACACAUUUUCGCAAGAGUUUGAGAUAUUGAAAGAGUGUUAUGAGGAGAUCCAGGCAUGUACAGUGGAUCUAGGCAUCACCGCAGACAGCUCCAUCCACCCAGAAAACAAGAACAAGAACAGAUACAUCAACAUCCUGGCUUAUGACCACAGUCGAGUCAAGCUGUCUUCUAGUUCGGAUAGAAAUGGAUGGUCAGCUGACUACAUCAAUGCAAAUUAUGUAGAUGGCUUCACCCAACCUAAGGCCUACAUUGCUACCCAGGGACCACUCAAGUCUAGCAUGGAGGACUUCUGGAGGAUGGUCUGGGAACAGAAUGCAAGCGUUAUUGUCAUGAUCACCAACCUGGUGGAGAAGGGAAGGAGAAAGUGUGACCAGUACUGGCCUCUUGACAGCCAGGAAGAAUAUGGCAGUUUUCUGGUGACACUUAGGAGCACCAAGGUCUUGGCCUAUUAUACCCAGAGAACAUUCACCUUGAAGAACACGAGAGCAAAGAAGGGCUCUCAGAAAGAGCAGACCCAUGAGCGGACAGUGGUGCAAUAUCAUUAUACUCAGUGGCCUGACAUGGGUGUCCCUGAGUACACUCUCCCAGUGCUCACCUUUGUGCGGAAGUCAUCCCAGGCCAACCUGGGGAACAUGGGACCAGUUGUAGUACACUGCAGUGCUGGCGUGGGAAGAACAGGAACCUACAUUGUCCUGGACAGCAUGUUGCGGCAGAUCAAGGAGCAAGGAACAGUGAACAUCCUGGGUUUCCUCAAACAUAUUCGUACCCAGCGCAACUACCUGGUACAGACUGAGGAGCAAUACAUUUUCAUCCAUGAUGCCCUGGUGGAGGCCAUCCUGAGCAAGGAAACGGAAGUGCACAGCUCCCACAUCCACACUUAUGUUAAUGAGCUCUUGAUCCCAGGGCCUUCAGGCCAGACGCCCCUGGAGAAGCAGUUUAAGAUGAUAACCCAGUCCAACGCCAAGCAGUGUGACUACUCAGCAGCAUUGAAACAGUGCAACAGAGACAAGAACAGAAACUCCUCUCUUUUACCUGUAGAGAGGUCCAGAGUGCAUCUGUCCACAACAGCAGGAGAGAUUUCAGACUACAUCAAUGCCUCUUACAUUAUGGGGUAUCAACAGAGCAAUGAGUUCAUCAUUACCCAGAAUCCACUUCCCUCCACCAUGAAGGACUUCUGGAAGAUGAUCUGGGACCACAGUACCCAAGUGGUCAUUGCACUGCCAGAUGGACUGGACCUGGCAGAAGAUGAGUGUAUUUACUGGCCCACCAAAAGCCAGCCCAUCAGAUUUGACACAUUCACAGUCACCUUCAUGGGGGAAGACCAUAUGUGCCUGUCCAAUGAGGACAUGUUGAUAGUACAGGACUUCAUCCUGGAGGCCACACAGGAUGACUAUGUUUUGGAGGUGAGACAGUACCGGGCUCCCAGAUGGCCCAACCCUGAUGGUCCCAUCAGUAACACCUUCGAGCUGAUUAACAUCAUCAAGGAGGAAAGCGUGUCUCGAGAUGGACCCAUAGUGGUGCACGACAAACGUGGAGGAAACAUUGCGGGGACUUUCUGUGCACUCAUGACUCUUCUGCACCAACUGGAGAUGGAGAGCUCCUUCGAUGUGUAUUGGGUGGCUAAGAUGAUCAACUUAAUGAGACCGGGCAUCUUCACUGACAUUGAUCAGUACCAGUUCCUUUACAAAGUGAUCAUGAGUCUGGUGGCCAAAAAAGAAGAGGUAAGAAUGCUCCAAUGUGCUGAUAAUGGGCUGGCACUAGGUGGCACCGGCAGUGAUUCAGAGAGUUUGGAGUCCCUGGUGUAACCAUGGUAACAUCUCCUCCGUGUGAAACCUACUUGGACUGAGCUGGAGCUCUUCAUACUGACACUUAAAAAAGAAACUGCCUUGCCUUUUACCAUGCUUCCCUUAGUUUGUCAGUUUUUCAACAAUAUAAAUUUACUGAUAGAUAUGAUGAGCUCUUGUAACGUGUGCCUUUAAACAACUUCAUCUUACAGGUUUAACAACGUUGCUGCCUUUUCAUUGUGCUCUCAAUAUCAUUUCAGAUUUUUAAAAUGGUCAUUGUUUUUUUUUUCAAAUUUUGCAUAAUUGUAUCUUCUAAAAUGUUGUUCACUGGAUGUCAGGAUAACCAAAAAGUGGGAAAAAUAUUAAUCUUUUUAAUAAUAUUCAGUUAAUUACAUGUAUGUAACAGUCAUUAAUUUCACAAGUUUUCAUUUAUAUAUAUAUUGUAAAUACAAUACUCUUUUUUAGUAAUGUAACUAGACUGAGGUCAGGGCUAAAUAGCAUGGUGUAAUCUAAUAUGUAUAUAGUAAUAUACUGACCAGUUCAACAGACCAAAUUUCUAUUUAUACUGCUAGAUUUUUUAUAUUUUACUACACCCUUUUUUUUCUAGUCAUUUUGAACUCUAGUUGAAAGCUGUAAAUGUUUUUAAUACUUCUAAUAUUGGUGUUUUUAUUCUGCUACAUGGAUUUAUGUGUUGCAUGGAAUGUAGACAUUGAUUUUGUUAUUUCUCAGUUAUUUGUGUGAGACGGGCUGUUGUGUGUUUAGAUUAAAUAUCAAACAAACAAAAUAGAAGACUGCAUACAAAAGAAAAUGGGGGGGGAAAAGUACAUUUCAUACAAAAGUACUCUGUUUUGUUGGUCUGAGUCAAUGAAUUGAACACAAUAAAGAGGUAAAUUUGG